GCAAACCAGCAAUAAUAAAAAAUGUAAUGAUUGCAGCCCGACAUUCAUUAAUACUUGUCCAAAGAUUGGGUUGGCAAGUAAUUUAUGAUAGAAAAAUGAUUGACCCACCCAGGCUAAGCGUUAUGACAAAGAAUGAAUUUGCUGUGCUUAUUAAAAAAAUUGAAGAGCAGAUACCAGCAGAUAGUAAUGAUUAUUAUAAGCUAUUCGAUGAGAGCUUAAAGGAAUUAAAAGAGAGCUUUUAA